UUUCUCAUAACCAAUUAAGAUACAACUUCUUCCAACCAAAUCCUAAUAGCAACUUUUUGUGUUCAAUUUCUACAAAAAAAAAAUUAACCAUGUCACUCAUUUCACAACUUAUUGGUGAUGAAACCUAUGACCCUUUCUUAUCCAUGAUCAAUAAAUGUCCUAUCCUAAGCACACCAACCGAUUGGAAAGAGACAAGUGAUUCACAUGUUUUUAUAUGUGACCUUCCGGGUCUAAAAAAAGAGGAUGUGAAGGUAGAAAUUGAUGAAGGAAAAGUGCUUCAAAUUAGUGGGGAGAGGAAAAACAUUGUGGAUGAAAAUGAUGAGAAAAAUAGUAAGUUUCAUCAUGUUGAACGUUGUUGUGGGAAAUUUAAAAGAAAGUUUAGGCUUCCAACAAAUGUUAAGGUGGAUCAAGUAAAGGCUAAUAUGGAGAAUGGUGUGUUAAUUGUUACUAUUCCUAAGGAGGAAUUAAAGAAAAGUGAAACUAAGGUGAUUCAAAUUGAGGGAAAUUGAAAAUCUUGUGAGUUUUUUUGUAUGAUGUUGAAAUUGCAAAAUAAUUAAGAGUUUGUGAUGGGUAAGUGUGGGGAAAUAAAAGGGUCUUUGUGAGUUUGUUAGUUUGUUAGUGUAUUUUUGGUACUUUGGCUUGAUAUGUUAUUACUCGUGUAUAGUGAUGUAAUGCAACUUAAUAAUACUCAUUAUGUAACAAUUAUUCACUUUAAAAUCAA